CUGUAUAACCAUUUUUAAAAAUCAAUUGUAUGGAGAUUUCAGAGGCGAAUUUCAUUUGAGUCUUCAUUUGAGUCUCUGUUAAAAAUAAUAUAUUUAAAAUAUAUGUAUUAGCAUAGAGACUUCAAACGCCCCCCGUCCGAUUUUUUCCGCGAACUACACAGUCCAGAGAGCUUUGCUCUCUGCUUUGCUUAAAUGGUCCGAAGUACGCAAGAAACAUGAAUUACUAUCGUUUUUUGACUGCUGUGAGUGCAGCACGAAAACCAUCACCUAUUCGGAUGUUGACGGAGUUGCAGCAGAGAUCUCCUCCGUCUCUAAUCUCACUGGCUGGAGGUGCUCCAAACCCCAACACCUUCCCCUUCCAGUCGGCCAGCAUUAAAGUGAAGGGUGGAGAAGAUGUGGUGUUUGAUGAGAAUCUUAUGAAAAGAGCACUUCAGUACUCUGGCUCAUACGGUAUUCCAGAACUGGUGUCAUGGAUGAAGGAUCUUCAGAAGAAUCUCCACAAUCCACCUACAGUUGGCUACAGCCCAGAGAGAGCACAGAUGGAGAUGUGCGUCACCACGGGCAGUCAGGAGGGGCUCUGCAAAAUAUUUGAGAUGCUUAUCAAUCCUGGCGACAACGUCCUCCUUGAUGCACCUACGUACUCAGGAACGCUGGCAGCACUUCAACCGCUGGGCUGUAACAUCAUUAAUGUGCCGAGUGAUCAGUUUGGAAUGAUCCCAGAGGAUCUCAAGAAGGUUCUGGCCCAGUGGGCCCCGGCAGACGCACAAAAGCCGGGAAGUACUGUACCAAGAGUUCUGUACACCAUCCCCAAUGGAGGCAAUCCGACAGGAGCAUCCAUGACUUUAGAGAGGAAACAGCAAAUUUAUGAACUUGCCAGGAAAUAUGACUUCCUUAUCAUAGAGGAUGACCCGUAUUAUUUCCUUCAGUUCCAAAAACCGUGGGCACCGACAUUCCUCUCGAUGGACAUUGAUGGUCGCGUCCUCCGUACAGACUCGUUCUCGAAGAUUCUGUCAUCGGGGUUAAGGAUAGGAUUCGUCACUGGGCCAAAGCCGUUAGUAGACAGAGUGGUGCUGCAUAUACAGGCCUCUACAAUGCACACCAGCAGCUUCACACAGUUAAUGGUCUCUCAGCUGCUGCAUAACUGGGGUCAAGAUGGCUUUCUUAACCACAUUGAUGGAGUGAUUGAGUUUUACAGAUCUCAGAGAAAUGCCAUGCUCUCCUCGGCAGACAAAUGGCUCAAAGAUGUAGCUGAGUGGCAUCCUCCUAUGGCCGGCAUGUUCCUUUGGAUUAAACUCAGGGGGAUUAAAGACACACAACAGCUUAUAAUGGAGAGAGCACUGGAGAAAGAGGUUCUUCUGGUUCCUGGUGGAGUGUUCAACAUCAACAGCUCAGAUCCGUGUCCGUACGUUAGAGCAGCCUUCUCGCUCUCAACACCUCAACAGAUUGAUGAGGCUUUUAGGAGACUGUCUGAUCUUAUUAAGGAUGCCAUGUGAGCAUCUGAUUCCCAGAAAGAUGAAUUAAGGGUCUGAUACCUGUUUGACACUCAAACACUUCAAAUCAUGAACUAAGUGCUACUGUCACACACCACAAUGACAAUGAAAAAGUUGGUUUACAACAUAAUUAAAGCUGCUGUCUACAUGGAAACUUAUUUUAUUCUAUUUUAAACCUUUAAUAUAGUCAAAUUUAAAGUGUAACGUGUUUAACCACAAGAAUGUCAAGUGAUGUGGAUCAGUGUAUAUAGUUGUUAUAGUUGGUCAAGUAUUGUGCAUGCGGGCCAGUAUAAAGCACAAAAUGGAUCAAUAAUUCAAUAAAUACACUCUUUAUCUUU